AUGGCUGAUAAGGUUGGUUUUUAUGCGGAUUAUUCGUUUGCAACGACAGCCGUCCAUCCGUAUGCCACACCGCCACCAACUGCACACCCGCCGCCAAUGAAAAGAACUUUCGAUAAUGUCCUCACAAAAGCACCCUCCUCCUCUGGAACGUCUCAACUGGGUCCAAAGAUGGACGAACCACCCAGAAAAUCCUACCGAGCCCCAUCACCUGUAAAAGAUUAUCGAAACCCAUCGACUUUGGCAUUUCGGGAUUUCAGUCAAACCUGA